CUUAGCUGUUGACUUACAAGCAGAGAGAGGGGAAUUGGAUUAUUAACGGCAGUACAUAGGACCAAAGGUUCUGAAAGAAAGGAUGGAAGAUAAGAACCUCUUCCUUGCUUUAUUUCUCUGCUCCAUUUUGCUUUCAACUGCCUAUUCACACAUGAUCUUUGAGGAGAACAGAGACACCAAUCUGGCAACCAGCAACAAAAUGAAACUCCCAGAUCUCCCACCCAUCUCUAUAGUAGAAUUAACCAAAACAUCCCGGAAAGUAAGCAGGAAAGAGGCAGAGAAGAAGAAAGAAUCCAAGAGAAAGACCCAGAAAAAAAAAUCCCGCAGGCCCAGGCCCACACUCCCAGCUAAUUGUGUGGCUACUUGGAAAAACUGCAAACCACCCUCUCCCCCGUGCUGUGAUGUCUGCACCUUCUGCCACUGCCGGCUUUUUCAGACUGUCUGCUACUGCCGAGUAGGAAACCCAAACUGCUAAACCCACACCAGGAAGGCAGUGCUGGAACUCUGUCAUUAACUGCUCCAGAGUUUGUGUCAACCUGUUUUUCUCAUGUGUAUUGCAAGCGAAGUAUAGAGUCUUUGAAGCGUUCUCGUUGGCUUUGUGUUCCCCAGACCUGAAUGAACACUGGGGUUUACCUCAUGGAACAAGCACUGUGGCCCACAAGUCAAUCAUUACAGGGAGUGUGAGGGAGGGGGGAUGGAGGCUGACGGGCUGACAGAGUAUUUAGAACAGAACUGAAGGGGAACAGGUUCCAGUUCAAGGAAGAUUUGUUUCUUUCAGAAAUGUGACAUCUCACCACAGGCUGUAAGUGUCUAUGAGGAGGACCCGGGCUUAAUGCCCUAGGUUGUCAGUGUCCAUCUACAGUAUGAAACUGGCCACAUUAAAACAAGUUUGGUUAACACAACAGGGGACCUAGUGUUUAUAACAUAAGAAUGGCCACACUGGGUCAGACCAAAGGUCCAUCUAGCCCCGA